CGCAGCCAUUAAUAUAAUGGACAGGCCCCGUUUUAUAGGGCCCAAAUUGCAUUGUUUCUUUUUUGACACGGCCUAACCCCCAAUGUAUAGGCCGGAGUUCAACCGGAGAGAAGUAGAAGUGCGCGAGUUUGUCCUAAAAGCCGCCAUACCCACUCUGUGGAAAAACAAAAUCUAACCCGACAUUUCCACGGUCAGACGGGGAAAGAUUUCAUGAGCUGAAAAAAAAAAUAAAAGAGCAUGUAAAAUAUGUGGAUCCUACGUUCGGGUUCGGUGAGGACGUUUGACUAUCCAGUUUCCUUCAUUUUUACUUAAUCGACAUAAAAGCAGGUCAGUUCACUCAAAAAAAAAAAAAAUGGUUGGUGUCUAAAACGGUCAAGCACUCUUACAAAUCUUAAACAGUCAAGCCCAGUGUCUAGCAGUAAGGAAAACUGAAGCAGCAUGGCUUCUGCAUCAGAGAUUGCAGCAAAGUUGAAUCUGGUGGCAAAUCCUGAAGGUGGCUUAUAUACUGAAACUUUCAGAGACACCUCGAUUUUCCUCUCCAAAUCUCAACUUCCUCCUGAAUACAAAGUUGAUCGUGCUGUCAGCUCAUGUAUAUACUUCUUGCUAACAUCCGGGAAUGUGUCUCACCUUCAUCGAAUACCAUGUGCUGAGACCUGGCAUUUUUAUUUGGGAGAACCUCUUACGGUCCUAGAACUGGAUGAGAAAGAUGGGCAAGUAAAACUAACAUGUCUUGGACCUGAUCUGGGAGAUAAUCAGCAGGUGCAGUACACGGUACCUCCAAAUGUUUGGUUUGGUGCAUUUCCAACAAAGGAUUUUCACAUUUCCACUGACGGGGGAGUGACAAAAGCCGAAUCAAGGGAUGCUGAGAGCCACUAUUCACUUGUUGGAUGCACCUGUGCACCUGCCUUUCAGUUUGAAGACUUUGAGCUGGCAAAACGUUCCGAGCUUGUAACUCUCUUUCCGAAUUACGACCGCCUCAUUUCUUUACUCACCUAUCCUGAUUGAAACAAAGCUUGAUAUGUACCAAUAAUCUAGAAGCUGGUUUCAAUACUUCAGCAUCUUGAAGCUUGAGGAUUUUCAAUG